AUGGGGAGGAAAACGGAAAAGCGUCAUGAUGGGGACGGCCACAAUAAAGACACGAAAGAGCGUUAUCCAACCAUUGAGUAUUCGCAUAACUAUCGUUUGCGGUCGCAAGUACGCAUCGCCGACUUACAGGGUCUCGUCUUGUAUCUCCUAGCAGAUGGUCCUGCGCCCCAAUGGGUAGCUGUAAAGCACAGCUCAAGCAUACGUCAAGUCGUAGUUCUCAUGGUACCUGGCUUGGAGCUGGGCAUGUUUACUGGCGACAUCUCUCUUGCCCUCGACCAACCUUCUGGAAGUGAACCGAAUGAAAACGGGAAAAAGCAAUCUGGCAGCUCUUUCAGCGCACACCAUGGCAUCCGGCGCAAGCCGUUGGUAAUGUCGCCUGACGACUAUUAUCCUAGAACCCUGAAGCGCGAACGCCUUCCAGAUCCCUUGAAGCCCCUCUCCGACAUCUUCCCUCAUGUGUGGCCGGUGGUUGGGACAGGCGAAUACCGUGGAAAGGAUAGUGCGAAGCAGUUUUACCGUUUAGUCUCGCCGAUGCAGACCAUGCUUGUAUCGCCACUCCCACAGAGGAGAGAAGAGAAAUGGAAGUCAAAAGAGCGCAGGGGACCAACCCAGCAAAAGACUGAACACUGGGAGAACAAGCGGACUCCUAUCAUAAAAUACAUUGUUUCACUUGAAGAGCAACGCGAGAACAAUAUUGUGCCCCAUCCAGCAUGGUUUAUUACGCCAGAAGCGAAAGAAGCUGCGCAGCAGAGGCGCAGAGCAGCGGGGCAGAUGAUCGAAGAUGGUUGGGUUGACAGUGCCGUGUCUUGUCUCGAAGAUGGUGAGGUUCCGGAGAAGGACAUCGAGAGUGGAAGUCUGACGGCCGGGAGGCAAAUCAUUGCAAUUGACUGCGAGAUGUGCCUUGCGGCGCAGAGAGAAAUGGUCCUCACUCGAAUAAGUCUUGUAGACUGGGAUGGGAAGACUAUCCUCGAUGAAUUGGUUAAACCCGAUCUUCCGAUUGAGGACUACGUUACACAAUUCUCGGGAAUAACAGAGGAGAUGCUCAAAAACGUCACGACGAGUCUCUCAGAUAUUCAGCAGAAACUGCUGACUAUUCUCACACCACGAACGAUUCUGGUUGGACAUUCCCUGGAGUCGGAUCUUAAUGCACUAAAGUUCACGCACCCUUUCCUCGUUGACACUUCCAUUGCAUAUCCGCAUCCAAACUAUCCAACCAACAAGCAUUCCCUGAAGUGGCUGUGUCAGAAAUUCCUCAAAGGGAGAGAGAUACAGCAAGGAAGCAAGGGUCAUGACAGCAUUGAGGAUGCUCUCGCCUGUUUGGACCUGGUUAAAGAGAAGUGCGAACGUGGUCCGGCAUUCGGGACCGCUGCUACCAACACGGAGCCGAUAUUCAAACGCCUUGCACGCAGUGUCCGCAACCAAUCUGCCGACAACUUGAGGGCAGGCGCGCUGGUCGACUGGGGCUUUCCGAAGCGGGGCUACGGCGGUUCCGCGCAGAUAGCAAUCGGGUGUCGGAACGACGAAGAAGUUGUCGCCGGCAUUGAAUCGGCUGUCAAGGGGCAGGCUGUGGGAGAAAGCGGCGCUACGGAGCAAGUCAACUUCGUAUGGGGUCGGCUGCGGGAGUUAGAGAUCCUCCGCGGAUGGUGGGACGAGACGAAGAGUGAUGAUGUUGAAGAGAUGCGGCAAGAAGCUUUGAAGCGUCUUGGGCGCCCGAUUACCUUCGAAGAGGACGAAGUGGACGAAGUGACUGAAGUUUCAAGCAGCGAGCUCGCAAAGGCGGUUGCCAGCACCGUCGACAACAUUGCCAAGGUCUACGAUUCGCUGCCACGAGGCACAGCGUUCAUUGUAUACAGCGGCAGCGGCGAUCCGCGAGAAAUUCGUCGUUUGUCAACCAUGCAGCGGCAGCAUCACAAGGAAAUGAGGACGAAAGACUGGGACGACCGCACCGUGAAGUGGACGGAUACGGAAACGCAAGCUCUUUCCGAUGCGAUUCUGACGGCGCGACAGGGCAUCUCAUUCGUCAAAGUCAAGUGA